CACUGACCACAACGUUGAUAACACCACAGCAAUCCUUAGAGAGUGGCUGAAGAACGUGCAGAACCUCUACCAUGAUGUGGAGUGGAGGCCCAUGGAAGACCCCCAGUCUUACCCAGAAGAAAUUGGGCCAAAACAUUGGCCAAGCUCCCGAUUUACUCAUGUGAUGAAACUGCGCCAGGCUGCCCUGCGUGCUGCACGAGAGAAGUGGUCGGACUACAUCCUGUUCAUUGACGCAGAUAAUUUACUGACCAACCCACAAACCCUGAACCUGAUGAUAGCAGAAAACAAGACAUUGGUGGCACCAAUGCUUGAGUCUCGCUCUCUCUACUCUAACUUCUGGGGUGGCAUCACCCCGCAGGGCUAUUACAAAAGGACCUUGGAUUAUCCCCUCAUUCGGGAAUGGAAGAGGACGGGCUGUUUUGCUGUCCCGAUGAUUCACUCCACCUUCCUCAUUGACCUGAGGAAAGAGGCCUCCACCAAGCUGAUGUUCUACCCCCCCCACCAAGACUACACCUGGAGCUUUGAUGAUAUCAUGGUCUUUGCCUUCUCCAGUCGCCAAGCAGGAAUCCAGAUGUUCAUCUGCAACCGUGAACAUUACGGUUUCCUUCCCAUGCCCCUGAAAUCGCACCAGACACUGCAAGAAGAAGCCGAGAACUUUGUGCACACGCUCAUCGAGGCUAUGAUCGACCGUCCUCCCAUUGAACCCUCUCGGUAUGUCUCUGUUCCUCCGAAGCACCCCGACAAGAUGGGAUUUGAUGAAAUUUUCAUGAUCAAUCUGAAGCGUCGGAAAGACAGGCGGGAUCGGAUGCUGCGGACUCUGUACGAGCAGGAGAUUGCAGUCAAGAUAGUGGAGGCUGUGGAUGGAAAGUGA